AUUAUAUAACUGUUUCGCAAAACGACGAACAAAUAAGUCAAAACGUAGAUCUCAUUACAAAUGCUAACUAUGGAUUAUCUGACACCCAAGGAGACUUUAAAAUAUCAAAAAACGGGAAAUAUAAAUUGGAAGACUCGAACGUUGUAAAAACUAUUAAAACGCACAAAUGGCAAAUUGUGUUAACAUCUCCCGAUUGUUCGAUUAAAGAACACUGUCAAGGUUGGCAGGUACGAAAGAGUUGAAUUAAAAAGUCCAACAGAAUUUUCGAGUAUUACAAAACACAUAAAAAUAUUAUUUCGCAAAAUUUUUUGUAAGAUAUAUUCAAAAGAUCCAAAGGAAAUCGGAGAAGAAUCAAAGAUAAUUGUAAGAGUUUCCGAUUCUAUAAUGAUUACGAACGUAGAGCCUGUAAGAACCGCGAACGUCGAGAUUCUUUGCAACCGCGAUGAUCUCGAUGAUCUACUGGAAGAAGAGGAGAAAGAAAACGUGAGCACAUACGGCAAAAUUAUCCUCAGGGAAUACUUGAGUCUUCUCUCCGCUGAGGACGCAAAGAUCAAUUUCAUCCUAAAGGUUCUGACAAAGGCAGUAAACGAACAUAAAAUUUUCGUGAUUUAUGGCACUUUCCCAGUGCUAAGAAAGCCUCUAGGAAGAAGAAACUGGAUAGAGAAAAGGUUCAUCAGAAGAAUGCUCUCAAUGUCACCGGAAAUAUCGGAAGCUGGCUUGGAAACGAUUGAAAAAUUAUUACGUUAUCCUGCCAAUUUUAUAUGGUCCACUAAUAAAAGAGUAGCUGUUAGAACAGAAGAAAGAACCAUAAUUAAUAAAUUCUCCGGAUGCUAUUUCACAUCAAAGAUCGAUAUGUGCAAUAAUCUAGAAAAUAUUUCUUGGUUCUAUGAAACUGGCGUGUCAAACGUACAAUUUCCACGAUGUUACAAUGUUUAUCAGCCUGUGCAGAUAAAGGAAUUCGUGCAAGAUUUUUACAUCACAGCUUGCAUGGGAAUUCUCAAGUGGUUCUUAUUCUUGGCCAGCAUCGCUGGACCAAAUGCUGUUUGGUCCCAAGACGGCACUGUCCCUAUCAAAGCAGUUUUAUUCGCUCUUGAACGAUGCGCGGAAUACAUAAGCAUCUGCGCGCACGAGGACAUCGAUGGACAGAGUUAUAAAGAAAUAUCAAUUUCUAAUUGGAAUCAAUUUUUAUCGUGGUACGAAAGACUUUUGCAUAAACGAGAAAUAUUGGAGAAGAAUGAUGGCAUAGAUAUCGAAGAACUAUUACGAUUCACCGCAAAUAUGAUAAAAGAAAUGAUAGAGUGUCGUCCUCAGAGCCAAAUUGAUGGAAUGCGGAAUGUCUGGAUUUUGAAACCAGGUGACAAGAGCUUGGGUAAAGGUAUAAUUCUUAAGAAUUCAUUGCAAGACAUACUAAGCAAGAUAAAUCAAGCUGCUAAGGAAUGUAUGCAGUAUGUCGUACAGAAGUACAUAGAACGACCUCUACUAGUUUAUAAAACGAAAGUUGAUAUUAGACAGUGGUUCUUAAUAACCAGCACGCAACCUCUUACAGUCUGGAUGUACAAGGAUAUUCUGCUUCGUUUCGCGUCGAAAGAUUUUACUCUCGACAAUUUCCACGAAUCGAUUCAUUUAUGUAACACGACUGUGCAGUUGAAGUACAGAAAGACAAUAAAGCAGAACGCACAGAUACCCAGCGAACUUCAUUGGAAUCUUCAGAAAUUCAAGGAAUACCUGAAAAAUACCGACCGAGAAUCAGCAUGGGAGGGACUCAUUAAACCAGGUAUCAAGCAAAACUUAAUUGGCGCACUUCUGGCAUCCCAAGAAAAUAUGGUCAAUCGAAAAAACAGUUUUCAAUUAUACGGCGCUGAUUUUUUAAUAAUGGAUGACCUAUCGGUCUGGUUAAUCGAAAUAAAUACAAAUCCACGAUUGCAUCCUCCGAGCAGUACUGUUACCGAGGAGCUUUAUCCAGAAAUAAUAGAAGAUACUAUUAAAGUGGUUAUAGAUCGUCGUAAAAAUAAAAAAGCUCCUCGUGGUAAGUUCGAGUGCAUCUUCAAACAACGCAGUCCAUUUUACGGGAACGUUCUAGGAAAAGGAGCGAGCCUUGGAAUUCGCGGCAAGGCACUACUUUCAACAGUAAAUUCACCUCGAAAACUAUAGAAAAAAAAGCAUCAGCUUUUCGUAUAAAAAGAUAUCCCAGCAGGAUGACAAAGGACAAUUAAAUAAGAUUUAAUAAAAACGUUUAUUUUACAAGUAACAAUAUUUUUAGGUAUACAAUCCUAUAUGAACAGAUCUUUUUUCGUUAUAUCAAUACAUAUCUAUACACAAAUGCGCACAAGAUAUACUGGUCCAAAUCCAAGAUAUACUGUUGCAUUCAUAUGUUUUUAUGCGUACAAAAUGAUCUAUUCAACAUUGCAUUUGUCUUUUCGUAUUCCUUAUUUUAAUUUUGAUUAGAAAGAACAUGUUAUGUCAGUUUUUCUUUAUGUUUCGUUGACAAAAAGAAUUCUAUAUUACGUUCUACACGUAUGUAUACUCCAUUACGAUUCUCGAUUUAGUAUACUAGAGAAACUAGCUCUGCUGUUACUAUUUCCCCGAAAGAGCUUUGUGUAUUAUGUGUUACAAAUGCACAAUAAUUAUCUAUUUACGUAGAAAAUUGUUUUAUGCACUUGCAUUUAGUUACAAAAUCUAUUUGGUCGUAUUCAUAAUAUGACCAUCUGAAAAUUUUCAAUUGU